GAUUGGCUUUUCUUUAUUCUCCUUUUUUUAUUUAUUUAUUUUUUUACAGACAUGUUGGACGUUGACGAAAUCCCUGAAAAACCUAAUGUAAACACAUUCAAUAGCGUAUUAUCUGGUUUAGUUGGUGGUUUAGCAGGUUUAGCCGUUGGACAUCCAUUUGUCAAAGUUAGAUUACAAUCUCGAGAACUAGCUUCUCGAUACAAAGGAACAUGGAAUUGCUUUGUUACUACAGUACGACAAGAAAAGUUUUUUGGUUUAUAUAAAGGAAUGGCAGGUGUUGCUGGCGUAAAUGCACUUGUGUUUGGAUCUUAUACCUGGUUAAUUGAAUUUCAACAGAAACACAGUCCUUUAUCUCAAGAUGCUAAAUUACCGCCUUUACAGAAUGUCUUUUUUGCAGGGAUGGGUGCUGGUGUUAUUACAAGCCUCGUCACAUGUCCUAUGGAACUUGUCAAGGUCCAACUACAGAACCAAACGCAUACAACUACGAUAAAGGGGCCUAUUGACUGCCUCAAACAACUUUAUGCAGUAGGCGGAAUAAAGUAUUGCUUUAAAGGAAUGUUACCUACCACACUACGGGAACUUAGCUUUGGUCCUUAUUUCUUAUCCUAUGAAUUUAUUUGCAGAGCACUUACUUUGAGUGAUCCAGCAAGUAAAGAUAAUGACACAUAUGAAUUAUCUGGAUCCAAAAUAAUUUUGGCAGGCGGUUCUGCUGGUAUUAUUGCUUGGUGUUCUACUUAUUUUGCAGAUGUUGUCAAGACAAGAAUACAAUCUGAGCCAGACAGAUACAAGGGAUUCUUUGAUUGUAUCAAGCGAUCUUAUCACCAUGAAGGUUGGCGUAUCUUUUUCAGAGGAUUGACGCCUACUAUUUUAAGGGCUUUUCCUUCGAAUGCUGCUACAUUUGCUGCUUAUACUUGGACAAUGAAGAUGUUUCAACCAAAACAACUAGCAACGAGAAGUCAUGAAGAAGCAGCACUUCUAUAAACCGAUUGCUACACACGAAAGAAAAAGGACCAACCAACUUUAUACGAUAAUAAGCACUCGUAGCAACAUAUCGAAUUGUAUACCCAUAAGUUAGAAAUGACUUGUGAAGUUACUCUUUUAAAAAGAAAAUCAAGUUAUAUACAUGUAUACUGAAUAAACCCAUUGAACUUAAAGCAACAUGCUUCGAGCAUGUUUUGCUCUUUUUAAAAAUCAC